AUGGCAGUAGGGAAGAACAAACGGAUUUCAAAGGGAAAGAAGGGUGGCAAGAAGAAGGCCGCUGAUCCCUUUGCAAAGAAGGACUGGUAUGACAUCAAAGCCCCUUCUGUAUUCCAGGUCAAAAAUGUUGGCAAAACACUUGUCUCCCGUACUCAGGGUACCAAGAUUGCUUCUGAUGGACUCAAACAUCGUGUGUUUGAGGUGUCAUUGGCUGAUCUUCAAGCAGAUGAAGACAAUGCUUUCAGGAAGAUCAGGCUUAGGGCUGAAGAUGUUCAGGGGAAAAACCUCCUCACCAACUUCUGGGGUAUGGAUUUCACAACUGACAAGCUCAGGAUGUUUUGCAUUGGGUUCACUAAGAGGCGAGCAAACCAAGUUAAGAGGACUUGUUAUGCCCAAUCAAGCCAGAUCAGACAGAUCCGUAGGAAGAUGAGGGAGAUUAUGGUUAACCAGGCAACAUCCUGUGACCUGAAAGAGCUUGUGCGCAAAUUUAUCCCUGAGAUGAUUGGAAAGGAGAUUGAGAAGCACACAUGUGGCAUCUACCCUCUCCAGAAUGUUUUCAUUCGUAAAGUCAAGAUCCUGAAAGCUCCUAAGUUUGAUCUUGGGAAACUGAUGGAGGUUCAUGGUGAUUACUCAGAAGAUGUCGGCACCAAGGUGGAAAGACCAGUUGAUGACACAGUGGUUGAGGGUACCCCCGAAAUUGUUGGAGCUUGA